AUGUCCCUCGACAUUGAACAUGAAGCAUUGCCUGCUCCCAGCUCGGAAGCUCAAACCGAAGAUGAGGUCAGUGACGCAGACGAAGAUGCUGAAGAGGAUGUUGAGGUUACCCCUUGGCUCCUCGAUAACUGCGUAACAACGACUGAGGAAUGGAACGACCAUCCAGAGUGCCUGCGUCUUCUGGACGACAUACCCUCAAACAAGGGUGACAACUGCAGAGAUGAGCUGGAAACAUCUUCCAACCCCGAGCCAGCCGCAGAAGUUUAUGAAAUGGGCUCGACCCUGUUCAAUCCCCUCCUCGGACUUGUUCGCAGAGAUGCCCCAUUGGAGGAAGACUUUCUCCCCGGAUCUUGCGCCAGCAAUGGCGUCAGGUUCACCAAAAACAUCAUCAGACUCCACACCUUCAUGUCUGCAGCGUCUGAAUCGACGGCCAACUUCACGAGAAACGUUGUCAAGCACUUCGCCAGGACAAUCGACAGCGAUCUCAUCACCCUCACACGGGAUGACCUUGAGGAUCUAGGCGAUCACUAUGCACCCCCAGAUGCAUCAGACGCAUCGAGCAUUAGCAGCGACAGUUCUAGUGACUCCGACGACGACGAGGCCAUGGGCAACUACCUGGACAUCUUAUUGAACCGAGAGCCCUGGCAGCCGCCGCCACCGCCCUUGCCCCUUCCCUAUGGCCCACGCCCACCGCCUGGUGUCGUUAACGUAUCUGAAGAAGGCGUUGCUCCGCAUGACUGUUACGACUCGGAGGAUGAAGAGCCAAAGAAACAGAAGUUCAUCCCCUUUUGUGCUGUACUCAAUGCACCACGCAUCAAGAAGGCAAGCGACUCUCGCCCGGUACCCCUGAUUGUUCACCUCUUCAUCAGUGAGAGCGACCUCACGGCAUCCUUGUUCCGAGACCUGCAAACUGCGAUCCGCGAUUACCCAGUCCGUCAGGGUAUUCUUCUCGUCGUCACGACCGAGAGCCCUCCGCACAGCACGACCUAUAUAUCGGGACAGCAUCGUGGCCCCCCUGGACGGCUGCCUCUUCCGUUCGCUGCACCAACGGAAGUUCUCCCAGUCCGGUCUGCGGCCCAGGAGGCUCUGCUGAAAGCAGACGGCAAGCGUGAGCUACUAUCUCGCAACAUCAGAGACAUCAAGAGAUACAUCCGCCGAGAGGAGAAUCCCGGCUACAGCAGUUCUCUUCUUGCGCCAUAUGCCGACUGGUCAUUCAUAGAUGGUUCGGCCAUGGCUGAGCGGAUGAGCCAGGUUUCUCUCACAGAGAUGAGGCUCGAGUCCAUUUCUCGUGCCAUCGGCCAGCCCAUCGAGGACGAUAAGAUAAGAAAGGCUGUUCUGGACUAUGAUGUCUUGUCCAAGACUCUCAAAGCUUGGAACGACUUCGGUGCUCCUUUGCCACCCCGAGCUCCUAUGCCUAUGCCCAAGCCUCCUCGUGGGAUGCGGCCACCUGGGCGUGCAGGCGCUCCUCCUCCUCCCCCGCCUUUCCCUGCCCCUCCCAGAGCCUUGGAUCCUCGGAACGUGAUCGAGCCUCUCCAGGACUUGGAUGACGAGUGGGCCAAAUUCCCUCCAGCCGUCCAGAAGGUCAUGCGCCAGAUCACAUACUUGCAGGGACCGCCGUUCCUUUACUCCAAGUACUCGUGGGAGCGGAAGUUUUCCCAUUGUCUCAUUUCCCCGAAGGAUGUCGAGGUGGGCUGGGAGGACAUCGCUCUCGAGCCCGCAGUUGAAGGCGCCAUCCGGGGCAUUAUACGACAGCACGGCGAGGCCGCGGACUCCGGGAAAUCGUAUGGGCCUCUUCAUCGCUCUCACGUCGGCGGUACGCUCUUGUACGGCCCGGCCGGGACCGGAAAGACGCACCUCGCGCGUGUAUUGGCUCGCGAAUCUGGAUCCACAGUCAUCAAUGUCUCUCUUGCGGACAUUUCGGACAUUGACUCUGAACCGAGACUACUCAUUCGCGGCCUAUUCAGCCUGGGCACACUGCUUGCCCCCAGCAUUCUUUUCUUCGACGAAGCAGACUUAUGCCUGGGAGCCCGAGAGAAGGCCGUGAACCAUUCGGCCAAGGUCCAAAUCAGCCAGAUCCUGACCGAAAUGAACGGACUGGGCACAGUGAAGAACUUGCCGUUGGUCUUGCUCGCGACCAAUGCACCCGGUGACCUCGACCCGGCGGUGCUCCGUCGCAUCCCCAAUCGGAUUCACAUGGGUCUCCCGUCUGCCGAGAUGAGAGCAGAGAUCUUCGAAAUCGCAUUACGGGGUGAGAUUCUGCACCCCGAUCUCGACUACUGUCUUCUGGCUCUCAUGACUUCUCGCUUCUCGGGUGCAGACAUCCACCACUUGUGCGUCCAAGCAACCAUCGCGUGUGAAACCUUUGUGGAAGACGGCGUAGACAAGGGCAAGAGGAUGUUGACCCAAGCCCUGUUCGAGAAGGUGUUGAAGAGAGUCAAGCCAAGCGUGAGCAAGGCAUCACUGUCUGGCAUUCGUAAGUUCGCCAUGGAGUUUGAUCCUGCAGCUGUCGAGACGAUGGAGCCUUUGGAGACUGAAGAGUACAUGGAGCAGGAGGAUCUGUUUGUUGAUGUGCCGGUUUUCAAAUGA